AUGGGAGCAAACUAGAGUCAACAAUAGGGAUAAUAGGAAAAGAAGAAACUUAGAAAACGAGAUUAUCUGAUUGGGAUGUGUAUGAGUUAAUUGGCAUCAAAAGAAUCAAAUGAAAGUUCAAAAUUAAGAAAAAGUCUAUCUGAAAACAUGAAAUUAUAAAGUCAAGAUAUCCUGACGUAUUAUUAAAUGCAUAUUAUUUUAGAAAGAUGAGUGAAGAAGAGAUGCCUAAUUAUCCCAUUAAAAUCUUACAAUAUUUCUUAAAUUUCUUGACAAUACGAGAAUGUUUUUAACUUAAACUAGUGAAUAAAAAACUAAAAUUCAUGGUAGAAAUGAGCAGUAACAUUUAUUCAAACUUUCUUACUUAAUUCUAUUUACAGAAACUAUAACUUCGAUGUUUUGUAGAAUAUGGAUUACAUUAGAGAUUUCUUUCUGUAUAUCACUCUCAAUUGUUGAGUAUAGAAACGAACUAAGAUGAAUCAUGGAUCAGGAUAUAUUUAAACUUCUAAAGAAGCAUGUAACAAUUGAUAAAUAUCAUUUAGAUAAUAAAUGAGAAUUAUAGAAGAAGAGAUAUAAAAGACUUUUAAUAUAGAAUAUCCAUUAGUUGAUAAAAUCUUGGAAAUAAGUCAUAAUCCACAUAUGCCAAUACCUUUAUUGACAGAUGAUAUUCUUAAGUAAUGUACAACUAGUUGGUUUCAAUUGUAAUUGGCUUAAAAAACUAAUGAUUAUACAACUAUUGAGAAAGUCCCAUCUCUUGAUGAAUUAACUGAAAAAAUUUAUAAGGAUUGUUUAGAUAAAUUUGAUAUCACAAAUUUAAAACAUACUUAACUAUUAUUUGAAUUGAGAUGGGUUGUGAUCGAUAACUUUCUUAAGGAUCCAACCAUAUUAGAUUCUGAAAAUAUUCCUCUUUUAUUAAGAUUCCUACUUCAAAUAUUCUAUUUCAUUUAUUAAAGAUGUUUAUUUAGUAGAAAUGUUUUAAUGAUAACUAAAACUGAAAAAAAUCCAGCUAUGUUUAUAAAUAUGUAUACUAUUUUAUGGGAAUCUUAUAUUGGUAUGAUUUGGGGAUUAAAUAGAGCUUUAAAGAAUAUAUUUAAUAAAAUUGAUUUGAUAUUUGAAGAAUAUUUUACUACUUAUUUUCCUAAAAUCACUUUUUCUAGUGCUCUUGCUAGAUUAUGGUCAUAAAUUGUUAUUAAAGGUACUAGAAAUACAUAAAUUGAUCCUAUUGAAAAUGAAUUAUUUUCUUCAUAUGAAAUUCUAUUGAAAUAAAAAAGAAUCAUCUUAUUAUAAUUCUUUAUGAAAGAUCAUUGUACAAAUGAAUAAUAACUUAUUUCAUAAAAAUUUAAUGAUGAUGAUUAUUUUAAAUAUUGUCCAAGUGCUGUAAAUUGUUUAUUAAAUAAAUUUACAUCCAAUAUUCUUGAUUUAUCAUUACAUGAAUAAAGCAUUAAUUGGAUUGGUCAUUCAAAUGUUAAAGUUGGAUCCCUUUAUGGAAAAAUAUUGGAUAUUGUCAUUUCAUAAGCUAAUUAUUUAUAUACCAAAGCAUCUGAAUAAUUAUCGAAUGAUUAUUUAGUGUUCAAAAAUUAUAUCAUAGGUAUUUCUAUAUUAUAUUAAAAAGCCGAUUCUAAAUAUAUGUAAGAAAUUCUUAAUCAAUGGACUGUAUAAGUAUGUUUAUUACCUAGAGGAAUUGAAUAUCUUUAUGAAAAAGUGAAAAUCAAUCUUAGACAAUAUGUACUCUCUUGUCAAUUAAAUUAAGAUAUAGUAGAUUCUACUAAUCAUAAUUUUGAAGAUAAUAUUUUAGAAUCUAAAAUCAUUGGAAGAAAUGUAUAAUAAUUAUAAUUGAAUGAACCAGAUGAUAUUUAAUUUCAUAUAGAAAGGGAUGAUUAAUAUUUAGAAAAUCAUAUUUAUGAUAUAUUAAAAUAAGAAAAGAUUAUUCAAAAUGAAUAAGAAACAUAAAAUAUCACUCAUUAAUAAUAAAAUUCAUAUUAUUAAUCUGGAAAGUAAUAAAGUAUCCUUGAAGUAGAUUACAAUAAAAUGAGAAUAUUAUCAACAUUCACUUCAAGUACUAGAAUUAGUUAGAUAACUUAAUUAACAAGUGUAUAUAGUUAAUAGAUUAUGUCAUCUUACAAAUCUAAUUUAUAUAUAAAUUAAAUCAAAGAUAUUAAAUCAAAAUUAGAACAUAAUGAAUGGGCUAUAUAUCUUAAAGACAUUUAUAAUUUAGAAAUUGAAAAUAUGAUUAAAAUUGAAAAAAGGAAUAAUCAAAUUCAAAUGAGAAAUAUAGUUAGAAAUAUACCUUAAGAAUUAGAAGAAUAAUUUAAUAAUAAUGUAGAAUUUACUAAAGUUUGGUCUCUUGAAGAUACUAUGUCUUUAUUUGAGUCUAAAAAUAUAAUUGAACAAUUAUAAGGAAUCAACAUAGAAAGAAAUUUUAGUGAAAUGAAAAUUGGUCAAGGAUUGCUAGCAUCUUAUUUCAUUUAAUAUUAAACAUGA